AUGAGCCAGUUCCACCGGAACGGGCGAAUGGUGGGCUUGGCGCUUGUCAUGUGGCAAGUUCACGUCACUCUCUUCGCCAGUUGGGGCAACCGCUUUGAGGCACAACGACGUCCUGCAGAGCGCCGUGCUGCUGACCAAGGAAUGCCCAUGACAGAAACACGCCUCGACGUUUUAUUCCUGAACUUUUUGCUACAUCCUCCAGCAAACAAUCGCUACUUGGCAGAAGUCAACCAAUUCUAUGUCAGUAGGAUUCACACUUUUGGGGGGAACUGUUGGCAACUACGCACCUUGCGAAGCAGCAGCGGUACGCGCCGCAUUGUCCCCAUCAUUGUCAACACGGGCGACUCAGCCUACAACAUGCCAAUCUUCAACGAGCGCGUGCGCAGCUUCUUCUUGCCAGAUUACAACAAGCGCAAGGGCAUGAAAGGUGAUUGGAGGGGACGCAGGACAACGGAUGCUGUCCAAUUCCCGACACCUCUGGGCGAUGGCAUCUCCAUCGCAUCCGGAGAGUGGGACACUGAGCGCGCUGAGGAGAUUUACACACACGAGGAGGGCGUCAUCUACAACCUGGUCGGGCACGAGCUGGCAAAAGUCAUCGAUGAGUGUGACGGCUUGGCCAGAAACCUCAAAGGUCUGGUUGAAGAUGGCAAGUCUCAGUCCUUCAUCCAAGAGUUCCGAGAGGAGGCGGUCAAGCAAACGGCAAAGGGCUUCGCCGCACACGGCGCCACAGUGAGCACCAUUGAGCGCGAGGUGAGCUCCAUGCUGAUGGACGACAUGAUGCCGUGGGAUGGAAACGCCCUCCCA